AUGCAGCAGCGUUUCGUGAGUACCCUUGUGCAUGUCCUAUGUCUCCUGUCGUGCGGCCUGAGCGCAGUGCUAGUCUCUCGCCGAAUGCACGGCCCUAUACUGAAACCGCAGCUCUUCGUUGUUCCAGCGGGACGUAUCGCGUUGGAGAGUCGGCACGCCGAGGUGGCUCUCCGAGACGGUUCGCGCGUCUGCCGGUCACACUACCCAGAAGGUUUGAGCAUCCGAUGCGACCCAGCGGCGUCCGUGCGCUGGGUCAAGUUCUACGUCAACGGGGUGUACGCCAGGACGGAAGUUACAGAGCCACACUACAUUGCUGGCACGUAUUCGAACGGGGCCGUCAAGGCGUGGAGGACUCACAGGAGGGUUGUUAACGUCGUGUGCAAGUUUGGACGGAACACGCAUGUCGCGGCUAGAAUAAAAUUCCGGUGCUGA